AUGGAGAAAAGAAAUCGAUCUGGGAUAUCUGAUAAGGAUAUCAGUUUUGCGAUUGUUCGUAAAUUAUCAUAUCCCGACUUCGAUGUUUCAGUGGUGAAGAUGUCGACUCCGGCGAGGAAGAGACUGAUGAGGGAUUUUAAAAGAUUGCAACAAGAUCCUCCUGCUGGCAUAAGUGGGGCUCCCCAAGACAACAAUAUUAUGCUUUGGAAUGCUGUUAUAUUUGGACCAGAUGACACCCCUUGGGAUGGAGGUACGUUUAAGUUGACGCUUCAGUUUACAGAGGAUUAUCCUAAUAAGCCACCUACUGUGCGCUUUGUUUCUAGAAUGUUUCAUCCGAACAUUUAUGCGGAUGGAAGUAUAUGCUUGGACAUUUUGCAAAAUCAGUGGAGUCCUAUCUAUGAUGUAGCAGCAAUUCUGACCUCAAUCCAGUCAUUGCUGUGUGAUCCAAAUCCAAAUUCUCCUGCAAAUUCUGAAGCUGCUCGAAUGUUCAGUGAGAACAAACGUGAAUACAACCGAAGAGUACGGGAGAUUGUCGAGCAGAGUUGGACUGCUGAUUAA